GCGCCGUAAAAAAAUGAAGGCUGCACAAACGUAUUAAAAAUGUGACGCAAAAAAUAAAAAAAAAAUUAAUCGAAAUAACACAAAAUUAUAAGUAAUACCUAUAAACAUUUAAUAUAUUUGGCCAUGAAUUCAAAAUUUUAAGUUCAAACCGAUACCACCAGGCAAGUCCACGGACGAAACGCGCUGACCUUCUCAAGCUCAAUGAUUCGAGACAAUUUUCGUAUUCGUUAAGAAAAUUAAAAAAUGCACGGAAUAUGACCUGAAGAAGAAGACGACCGCAAAAUCAACUAUGUCCGGACAGUCGCCAAAAUCCUCAUCGCGUUUCAGUGAUUAUCACAAUCCGGUGUACAGCCAGCAAAAUUCAAAUACAUCGAUCAGUAUUUUCGCGCAUCCCGACCUCACGGCCGUUUCCGAGCUCAUAAAAAACAAAUUUUACUUCGCCACUUUGGCUCCUGGCAAGAGAGUACCAAAAACAGCACCGAACGUUUACUUGUUCGACGUCGACGAGGAACUGGUGUACAACAACUUUUACAGCGAUUUCGGACCCCUCAAUAUUGCCUGCCUUCACAACAUCGGGCUUUUACACAUCAUAAGGUACUGUCACGGCGUCAACCAAAUUUUGAAUAACCCAGACUACAAGCUCGACAAAAUCGUGCACUUCGCGUCCGCGAAUGCAGAGAAACGAGCGAACGCCGCUUAUCUCGCUGCCUCUUACUCGGUUCUCUACUUGGACAAGUCACCCGAUGAAGCUUACGAUUUGAUCGCGUCGAAAGGCUCACCGCCUCUCAAGCCUUUUAGAGACGUGUCCAUUGGCGUGGCCCACUACACUAUCGAUUUGAUCGACUGCCUAAACGCCCUGAGCAAAGCGUCGUCCCUCGGCUUCUUUAAUCUCGAAGAUUUCGACGCGAGGGAGUACGAGAAGUACGAGCAGAUAAAGAACGGCGACCUAAAUUGGAUAGUACCUCGUAAAUUCCUAGCCUUCCUGGGUCCCAACACCGAACAGGGCACCACGUCGCACUACCCGGAAAAGUACCUGAACUACUUUAUGAAAAAUGAAGUCGCAGCUGUCGUCAGACUCAAUCGCAAGACUUACGAGUCCUUCAGGUUUACGAACGCCGGUAUACUGCACUACGACAUCUUCUUCCCGGACGGUACGGUUCCGCCGAAAAAAGUCCUCAAGCAAUUUUUACACAUAGCCGAGAGCACAAGGGGCGCUAUCGCCGUACACUGCAAAGCUGGUCUGGGGAGGACGGGGACGCUGAUAGCCGCGUAUGUCAUGAAACAUUAUCGGAUGACGGCCAGAGAGGCGAUCGCUUGGCUGAGGAUAUGCAGGCCUGGGUCAAUCAUAGGACACCAGCAGUCCUGGCUCGAGGAGAUGGAGUCAAGCCUGUGGCGCGAAGGCCGUCGGUACAGGAUGAAGUACCACGGAGACGAGAACCUGAUACUGCACCACAAGCGUGGAGUAUACUCUGUGGCUGCCAAGUUCGACAGAAAAGUUCGUUUCAGAGAGUACUUGAGCAAGGAAACCUUGAACAGAACUAAAAGUGAGAAACUGAAGCUUCAAAAAGAAAGAAUCGAACGUCCGGCAAAUUUGAAUCUCCGCUGCUCUUCCGCCCGAGAAAGUUCGGGAAUCGGCACUCCUAAGCCCCAAAACACGGUGGACGAGGGGGAGAACAGUAGGGCGAUGACACAAGGCGACAAGUUGAACGAGAUAAAGAUGAGGAGAACGAGGGCGAAUAACGUCGAACAAUUGUUCGAUCCGAGAAUACCGUUCGUUCGCCAGAAUUUCCGUUAAAAACCAAGCACUGCUGUAAUCCUGACGUACUGAAAAUGUUAAAAAAUAAAAAAAAAGUGUAAAUCAAUAA